AUGAAAUUUGAGUUUCCUGAUGAAGAUGUUUUGUUUCUCAAAGAAUAUUACAAUAGACCAGAUCUAGAUGAAGGCCUAGAACCUGGAUCGCGAUGGACGCUCAUGUUCGACGGUGCUUCAAAUGCCUUGGGAAACGGUGUGGGAGUUGUCAUUACUUAUCCCACAGGUUUUCAUACUCCUGUCACUGCCAAAAUCUAUUUUGACUGCACAAAUAACAUGGCCGAAUAUGAAGCCUGCAUCUAUAGGAUUGAAGCUACUAUCGAUUUGAGAAUCCAGUUUCUUGAGUUCUAUGGGGAUUCUACUUUAGUUAUCAGCCAAAUCAAUGGAGUUUGGGAGACUCAUCAUCCGAAUCUGAUUCAAUAUCGAGAGCACGUGAUGAAAUUGAUUCCAUACUUUAAGGAGAUCACGUUUGACCAUAUUCCAAGAGAAGAAAAUCAUUUAGCGGAUGCACUGGCCACUAUGGCAUCCAUGUUCAAAGUUAAAUAG